CUGCUUUUUGAGGUGACCUUCACAUUAGCAAUGGCGGAAGAGUAUCGACAGCGCCUAGACAACAAUGUGGAGAAGCUAGUGGAGAACUUCAAGGGGCUGAUUAAGACAGCCAAGAUCAAGGACCCAGCCAACACCACGCGCGAGUCUUUCCAGAGCUCCAUCUACGCCACGACGUUGGUGCAGGCGAGCGAGUCGCUGCUCAAGCUCGUUUCUGAAAUGAAGUUGUCCCUGGCACUUGGCGACUUCGAAGGCAUGAGCCAAAACGUCGACACGACCUCCGAUGAACUGCUUAAACGAUGCGAUGACGUGGACGCGCAGAUUUCGCACUUGAGCUCGGACAUCUCGUCAGCGCUGUUCGAGCUGGAGAAUCAUUUCUACCAGUCCAAGUGGCGAUUGCCGCCCACGACAGACAGUGAGGAGUCCUCCUAAGGAAUUUGUUAUGCGUAGUAAUACAACAAGAAAAGCAAACGCAGACUUUUGAAGGGCCAGAUCUCAAUAGAUUGAGACCUGGCUUGAUUGAUCAAUGCAGCUUUAUCAGACGGUAAUGCCAGUCGCACUAGCAGUA